AUGUCUGUGGACGUCCCGGGCCAAAGCUCUGAUGUACAAGUCCUCAUUAAUGAGGCGAGGACACUGGUGUCGCAGCUUUAUGAUCCAGCAAAUACCGGCAACCCCGCCAAGAUCAAAGCUAUCCAGGAGCACCUGCAGAUACUCCAGAAAGGCCCCCAGGCAUGGCUCAUUGCUAAUAAUCUCCUCAGUGAUGAAAGUACUGACCUGAGAUUCUUCGGGGCCUUAACAUUUACAGUCAAGAUUAACCAGGAUUGGCAACAAUUAAAUGAAGACGAGGCUCGAGAGCUUCUCGGGCGACUUAUUGAUCACUAUGUUCUCUUAGUAAAUGGGGGAGAGCGCCCUCUGGUGGUACGCAAGUUGGCUUCCAGUCUAGCAACCAUCUUCCUAAAGCCCAAUGCUCCCUGGAAUCAAGCUCUUUGGAACCUAGCGGCUUCUUUAGCAAAUGGAAAGCAUCUCUCGGAGGAGCAGUGUCAGUCUUUUGACCUGCAAGAUGCUGUUCUUCCUGCCAUGUCCGAAAGGCAGGUUGUCAGCUUAUUAUACUUUUCUAACAUACUGGCGGAGGAAAUCAAUAGAUGGAGUCCGGAGUCACGGCGAAAUGGGGACAGUAACCGGGCCUCUGAAAAUAUCAAACAUGCUUUUCUUCUAGUUGAGUUCGUUCUCCGUCAUAUGCUGCAGCAAGAAUCUUCCGGUCACUCUAUAUCUGAUGGCGCUCCAGGUGUCGAGGCCAUCAACUCCUACCAAUCAUGGGCCUUAGUCCGUAAUGCACUUCAACUUCGCGACACAAUACGUGCUACUCAGCUUGCUCCUGCCACUGGCUACGUGAUCCAAAGUUUGAAAGUUCCCAGUUUAUCUAAGACUGCAAUGCAGGUCCUGGUUGAAUUAAUAGAUUGGCGAGACAGUAUAUUUAGCCAAGACCAUCUCUACUCUAUAUUGGAAUAUAUCAUCAGUGAUCUUGGCACGGCCCAUAUCGCUUCCAUAAUGGAUGCCGAUUUUGAAGAUGAGAAUAUGACCUUCUUGGAACUUCUAUUAGCGUACGCAACACUCAAGCAAAGGGAGCUUUUGAUUCAACCCUUGAAUUCUGAACAUGAGAAAGUUCUGGCCCUUCUCCACACACUCUUCCAAGCCCCUGGAUAUGCAGCAGUGGAUGAUUCAGCAUCGCCGUUGGUCCUUGAGUGGUGGACUGAAGUUGCAGAUGAUCUCCAAGAGAUAUACUUGGAUACAGAAGAAGAAGAAGAAGAAGGGCUUGAUCCCGCUAAACGCAAUCUUGCUCGUGCAGCUAUGGAUUGCUUUGAGAAACUCAAAUAUCCAAGUCCAGAAGAGCUACAAGAAUGGGGCGAUGAUGAUCGCAGUGAAUUUGGCGCUUUUCGCCGCGACGUCUGCGACUUCCUCCUAGCAAUCUAUCCUAUGUUAGGUCUUGAGUUAGUUCAAGUGUUUCAGGAACGAGCAAAAUCAUCUCUAGUGCAGCAGGACUGGAGAACAUUCGAGGCCGCAAUAUUCUGCAUGGCUCAACUUUCAGAGGCUGUCGACGAGAAUCAGCAUGCAGACGCAUGUUUAAACGCAAUAUUCUUCUGUGAUGAAUUUGCUCAAUUAUGUACAGGGGACGUUGCAAUGAUUCCCGACAAACCUCGGCAGACGCUAGUGGACAUGCUUGGGAAAUAUCAGUCAUACUUUGAACGCACACAUGCCUUACUUCCUCGCGUACUAACGUUCCUUUUCGCAUCACUGGACGUUGCAUCAUGUGCUUCUGUAGCAUCCAAAUCUAUAUCGCAUCUUUGCAAAUCAUGCCGCAAUGCUCUAACAUUCGAGCUUCCAGCGUUCAUGGAUCAGUUCGAGCGAUUUCGCUUCAAGCCUACAGCCACUGCUUCCACCAUGGAGAAAGUUCUAGAGGGAAUCGCUGCUAUCGUGCAAACUUUACCUACUGAUAACGAGAAAGCACAGUUCCUUGAGCGAAUACUGAAAUUCUUCCAGGAGCAGGCAGAGCUGGCACGAGAUGAAGCCUCUCGCGGGUUGGUGGAGCCUGCUCGCUGCCGCGGUCAGUUAGUUCUCCGUUGCGUUGCGAGUAUUGGAAAAGGACUCAGAACAGACGGCGAAAUUAUUUUAGAUACUCUUGACGGUAGAAACGGGGACCCGUAUCCACCGACCUUUUGGAAUACGGGUAAUGGGGCUGUAUCGCAGAACCUAAUAAUGCAAUGCAUGCAGCUUCUAAUGACCGACUUUCCCUUAGACGUGACCAUCAUCGAAGCAGCAUGCGACAUACUGAAGGCUGGUUUUACCGAGAACAGUGGUCCUUAUGUCUUUCCACCGAUGGUGACAGUCAAUUUCGUGAAGAGUAUACCUUUAGGGAGUGCUGGCACGGAUAUGGUUAUGGGCACGGCCUCGGCAUUCUUAGCCUCUCACAGUGCACAUCCACAACGUAUCCGUGAAGAGACUGUUGCCCUGAUUGUCAAUGUAUAUGAGACCUUUUGCUGGAUGCAUGAGAAGCCAGAGUUCUACGACCCUGAGGUUGCGAACAGUGGCAUCGACUUUCUCACUCGCCUACUCCCCAAGUAUCACCCCUUUCUCUUUGCUCUCACCGCCGUACCCCAGGAUUCCAAUCAGGCAGGAGCUGGUCAUGUUGAUGGUGCCCCUCAGCGUCCACCAGUACUCCAAGCGAUUUUAAACUUCACACUCCUUUCCUUGCAAGGCCCAGAGCCACUUCCCCUUCGCUCUGCCUCCCAAUUCUGGGUAGGCGUGCUGAACCUUCCUUACGAGGAAGAAGCUGUACAGAGAGCGCUCAGAGACAGUAUUCCCGCUCUUUGCCGCAUACUGGCAUCUCAGGUCGCCGGGCGAUGUGCUCGUUCCGACCUUGAACAUCUCUGUGAGGUGCUCCGACGGCUCAUCUUCAAACAGCAAGGACUAGCUCGUCCGCAUCUCGCAACUGCCUUAGCGGAUUUAGGUAUUGACCAAACGAACCAGAACCAGGGCCCUGCUGUGUCACCCGAGGAGAGACAGCGUUUUCUUGCGUCGCUGUUAGCUGCCAGGGGCGCAAAAGCCCAGACGAGCCAAUUGACGCGUUCUUUCUGGGUGAAAUGCCGUGGAUCUGGUUUCGAUUAUAUUGGGUAG